AUGUCUGCUCAACCUCCAAAAUCAUGGAAGACAGCACAUACAACUAGUAAAAGCUACUACCUCACCCUCCCCGCCAAGCAUUACUCCGAAGAAAUCGACAGGCCCUACUUCAACUGGGACGGAGACAGCCUUCGCAUAGUCUCCGGGAAAAUAACCAAAGCCGAACGCGAAGUCCAAUCGUUCAUGAACCUUACCGCAGAGGACGAAUUCCCCUUCGAACAAAUCGAGGCGAACUACCGCUAUAUCGCAACAAAUGAAAUCUUCAUAGAUUACUACAGGUACCUCCUCGAGUGGGAUGAAAUCAACGCGUUCCGCACUCUGUAUGAACAGCGAGUGGAUAUCAUUGUUCUGCAGCGCCUGAAGGACCGCGCCCUGGAAGUUUCCGACACGUUUGAAGAAUGUGUGGAACAUAUCGCAGACCUCGUCACUCUGAAGGCUAAAGUGGCUCCGCCGGUUUUUGCUAACUACUACCUUCUUGCUAUGUUGGUUGGAGCAAAACAUAUGGAGAAAGCUUGGAAGACCCACAACUGUCUUUGGAUCUGUGCACGCGAGGCAAAGAGAAUGAUUAAGGUGGUGAAGAGGAAGGGGGAGGUCAAGGUGGGGAGUGAGAGUAAGAGUAUGACUGAAAUCGUGCACCAGGAGGGGGAGGAAGCCGCGGCCGAGAUGGGGGGCGGGAUCAAGCCAGGGAAACUUAAGAACAAGGUAAAGGAUGGAAUGAAAUCGAAAGGCAAGGGGCGGGAGAAAAUCAAGGCUAAGGAGCGUCUCGAGGAAUAUAGGAGGAUGGUGUUGAAAGGUGGGAGCGGUGGAAACGAGUAA